UUCAGUGAAAUGCCUGCUAUAAACACACUCCAGCAUGUCCAUGACGUUAAUGAAAUCCUGACAGUUCCGCAUAUGAAAUGUAAAUCUGUAUCUGAGUGCGUCAUCCACGUUUAAUGAAUUAAUUAGCACCUCGUAUCACUCCGCCUAGCUGAUUAUCCAGCCAAGGUCCUGCCCACACACACCUCCCUCCUCCUGUCCAUGAUGUUCCUACGCCACACACUCUUGCCGCGCUGUAGUUCGUAUGAGACCUAAGACGAGAAACUGAGUUUCUUUAGUGGACGAGGGGGAAAAAAAGCCAGCUUUUGACAUUUUUCAAAAAGGCAUCACUUGACAUUUCUUCUCUCGCAGGAACUUUGGUUUGUCAUUCUGCCUGAGGAGGAUAUAGUGCUUUUGGAAGGAGUGGAGUGUAAAUUCUGACACUUUUGUCGCCACAUGUGCGCUUGAACGAGCCCAACUCUGGACGAAAGCCGGCUGAAGAGAAAUGGGUCGGUUCGCGGUGCUGCUGUGGAUUUCACAUUACGCGGGACUUUUUCUGCAGCUGAACGCGAGUGGGGACGUGGAGAACCAUGUAUCGGGGAACGCCCUUUUCACUGAAGUUCCUCAUGACAUCAUUAGUCACACAGGUGAGGAUGUGGAGAUGGCAUGCUCUUUCAGGGGUGCAGGCUCUUCUUCAGUCUCAUUGGAGAUCCAGUGGUGGUAUCUGCGCUACCACAGGGAAUGGUCUAAGAAACCUGCCUGGACAACCAACCAGGUUGUUCCCAGUGAGGAAUUGACAAGCGAUGCUACUAAAAUAAGUGUGGUGAAAGUGGCUGGCAGCAACAUCUCUCACCGACUUCGCCUGUCAAAUGUUAAACCUUCAGACGAAGGUGUGUAUGAGUGUAGAGUGAUCGACUUCAGCAACAACCACAUUCAGCAGCACAGAGUGCGAGCUUACUUGCAAGUACAGACACCAGGUUUUGACUCACAGCUCCACCUAGAGGAAAACCUGCACAGUGAAGAGCAGAGCCUUCACCAUGGGAAACAUCAUUCGCACAAGGGAGACAGCCAGGUCAGAGUGAGAGAUAAGCACAAUAACAGAAACCAAGAGCUGCAUCACGAAGACUAUACAUUUCAGCAGAUAAAUCAUCACAAGGGUCAUCAUGGGCUUCAGGCAAAUGAAGAAGUGAAGAAGGACUCACCUUCUGCUCCACAUAACCAAGAACAUAACCAAAGGGAGCAUCACCAACUUCACGAAGGGAAAAACCAUCAAGUGAUCAAACACACUCAGGCAAGCAAGAAGAAGGAAAUAAAAGGUCACCAAUCAGAUGUGAAAGGGCAUAAAGAAUAUGCUACAGAUUUACAUUCCAAUGACUGUUCAACUAACGACUGUGUGAUGUAGAGCAAAGCAGAGAAGAACAAUCAUACAAAAAGAGAAAAUAGGAAAUAAAGACUUUUCUAAAUGGUGCAAAAAGACAGAGCAAAGUCAUAGAGGAUGAAGGGAAACUCAAUUAUAAGUGUGCAUGUAAAAUCAUCAUUAUACGAAUUUUCCUUAAUUUUACAGAAAUGUUGUAGUUUUUUUAUAGCAAAUGUGUAAAAAAGCAUUGAAAUGAUCUGCAAGAAAAACAUCUCAAAAUCUCAAAUUUGAGAGAUGCUGCAAAUACAAACAACAAAAAUCAAAGGCUAGGUUAAAAAUAAUAUAAAAUACAGUUAGUGUUUCAAAAGGAAAUUUUUUUUUUUUUUACAUUUUCUACAUGUGCAUCUGAUUGACAAACAAAAAAUUUGCCAUACUGAUCUGGUAAAAUAUCUAAGGAAAGGCAAUUAGUCAUUACCAAUUGAUACCAUUUAUAUAUGAAAUAGCCUGUAAGGAAAAUAACACAAAAAUCCAAAUGUGGUAUUAUCCAGCUGCUCAUUACCACAUGCUAAAGUUUUUAGUUAUCUUCUAUUAUACCAUAGCAGUUUUAAAUCCUUUAAUAUGAUUGGUCAGAAGGUGCUCAGAAAUAAUUUGUUGAAAAAUUUACAAUGUAAUAAUAAUACUUGCUGUGAUGGUGCAACCCAACCUGAUGCAAAAACCUUACAUCUUAAAUCCUGUGUGUGUGCGUGUGUGUGUGUGUGUGUGUGUGUGUGUGUGUGUGUGUGUGUGUGCGUGUGUGUGUGUGUGUGUUUUAUUCUGUUAUAUAUAGCAAUUAAUACAUUAUUUUAUUAAUGAAUGCUUUUUAUUAAUUAACAAAUCAUUGCAUGAUUUAAAGUUAGACUAAUGUUAAGAAAAAUUUAUGAAACAAAAUAAUUCCUAGCCCAUCAUUCAUGUUACAGCCUAAAUUAUUGGUUGGUGCAAUUAAACAUAAAUUAUGCACGCGUGCCUUCUGACCAGUCAGGUUUUUUUUCUAUUUGUCCAUUGUUCCACAUUAGUAAAUUUAACUAUGAACCAGUAAGAGCAUGACGUCAUUCAUUAAUUUAUCGAACAAUAAUAAAAUUUUACUAAAUUGUAGAGGUAUAAAGUGCCUUCUUAUGGCAUUUUUAGCAUGAAACCCCUAAAUUUCAUAUUUCAUACAAACUAUCCUCAAAGAUGUGAAUUUUGCAUCAGAGCGAGAGUAAACAUUCAUGCAAUUGUUGAAACAAUCAAUUAUGUGGCAGCAGUACAGUGCAUGAAAUCACAGAUACAAGCCAGCAUGUUGGGUCAUGUUCACAGGACCAUUAGAAUGGAGGAGAAUGUGAGCUUAGUGACUUAAAAAGUGAAAUGGUGACACUGUUGAUCUCAACAGGACAGAGAGAAAAGGAUUGAUGAGUGCUGAUCUCCUCUUAAAUUCACAUACAGCAGUCUCUAGAACUAGAGUUUGCUUGGUGCAAUGGUGUGAAAAACAAAAAACAUUAAUUAAAUUACAGCUGUGCAGGUGGAAACACGUUAUUGAUGAGAGAGAUCAUAAAAAAUUGACACAUUUGUCCAGGAAAAAGUAACUCAAAUAAUCAAAUCAGUGGUGAGCAAAAAGAUAACAAAACAACAAUCCUUGAUGUGGAUGAGCUACAGCAGAAGAACACAUCGGGUUUCAAUACUGCCAGCCAAAACAAUAAUCCACCACUACAGUGAGCACAGAUUUACCAAAAUGAGACGGAUUGGGGAAAAGAAUGCCUUUUCAUCUUCUUUUCAUUAUAUUUCAUCUGACCAAUACAAGUGUUCCUGUGUUCUUGGCUGGCAGGAGCUCUUAAUCUAGAUAGGCUUGAUUGUAUACAUUGUACUGCUGCCAUAUGAUUGAUUAGCUAAUUGCAUGAAUAAACAUGUGUACAUGUAUUUCUAAUAAAGUGAGUAUAUAUAACUAUAUUACACUAACUGUCUGCCAAACAUUGGUGCUUUGGUUUACAGUGUCCAGUUAAAUAUUGGUAAAGUAUUUAUUGCUGUAAAACUAUUAGAAAACAAGUUGAUUCACAGGAUUUAAAUUACUAAAUGGUGCAAACAAGUCCAGCUACGAACUUAUUAUUUGUAUUUGCUACAUCUAAAGAUGAAUGAAUGAAUAAAUCUUGUGGCACAUAAUCAAACAGAACUAGAAAUGCUUUAUUGGUGUUUUUUUUUUUAAUGAUGUCCUAGCUGAUUUUAUCUUUCUCCUGCACAUGCUCUGCUUCCUGUUUAGAAUUAUUUUUGUCAGGUGAUUGUGUGUGUGUGUGUGCGUGCGUGCGUGUGUGUGUGUGCCUGUGUGUGCAUGCAUGCGUGUACUGUAUGUUUACACUACAUACAGUCCAGUUUUGGAUACAGACUGUUUAUCCCUUGAAAUCAACCAAAUUUUCAAGCUUUUGUGUAAAGGUUGACGGUUCACCUAAAGUAGCUACAGCAGUGUGUCAGUGUUUUCUGCUUUCAUGUUGGAGGAAAGAAAAAAAAGAAUUUUUUGCUGUGUCUUAAGUUGAAUUUGUUCUGCCUUGAUGUUUUGUAUUAUAUGAACAUACAUAAAUAAUACAUUUCAAAAUUUGUGUGUUGAUGUAGAAGGAUAAGAAACUGUAUAAUAUUAAAGUCAACUUAC